ACACGUCCCUGCGGCGUGUGCAUGGACCCAGGGCCGAAUGGCACCCUGGGCGAACUUGCAGUUUGGUGGCCAUGGUCCCCCAUGGGCUCCCCGCCGACCCCUGCCCUGUGCCCCCUUCACUCCUACCCUUGCACCUCCCUCCUGAGCCGCUCGAUCUGUGCGACGGGGGGACUGAGUUCCGGCCAGUGGAGCAGAUUGUGAACCGGCCAUAGCCUGAUCCGUGUCCUGCGGAGUGUCCCUGGCCCUCUCCGGCAGCGGGAGCGUAGCACGGGCUGGUACAACUCGGCGUACCGGCCAGGUGGUAUCUGGAGUGGGGGUAGGUGUCAGGAGCGCUGCUGGAGGCUUGCCUCGGGGUUCAUCUGUUGAUGUAGCUGCUGUUUGUUAACGCUUCAGGUCCCACCGACAUUAUGGCAAGAUUGCAGCCCAAUGUGGACACCCGGCAGAAGCAGAUGACAGCCUGGUGCUCCUUGGUUCUGUUGUACUGUCGCCUCAACAAGCAGUACACAAUGACGGUCAUGGAGGCCCAAGAAAGCCCGCUUUUCAACAACAGGAAGCUGCAGCGGAAACUCCCCAUGGAAUCCAUACAAGUUGUGUUAGAAGAACUCAGGAAAAAAGGGAACCUAGAAUGGUUAGACAAGAACAAAUCCAGUUUCCUGAUCAUGUGGCGAAGACCAGAAGAAUGGGGAAAGCUCAUCUAUCAGUGGGUGUCUAAGAACGGCCUGACCAACUCUGUAUUCACACUCUAUGAGCUGUCCAAUGGAGAUGACACACAGAAUGAAGAGUUCCAUGGCUUGGAAGAGUCCAUGUUGCUUCGUGCCCUGCAAGCCUUACAACAAGAGCACAGGGCUGAAAUUAUCACACUCGACGACGGCCGAGGCGUCAAGUUCUUUUAACAGGCACCCCCUCCCUUCCCAUCUCCUCUGACUGUUAAAGUGUUUCUAGCUUGAAAGGUUCAGUCUUGAGGCCUGGAAUCGAGCAGUGACUGGAAGCAGCUGCAUAUUCUGGCUUUCUUAAGGCAAGGAGAAGCUGUGAAGCCUUCUGAAGACGUGACUUUUUCUUAGAAAUCUUCAGAGAUCUUCUGUCUUUCUCUUCUUCCUGUUGAUUCUGUUUAUCUGCGGGGUUAAAGCGGCUCUGGGUAGAUUCAAGGGGAACCACUCCAGGACUGAUGCAGAACCACUCCAGUUAUUGACCCUAGGUUCCCUUGAAAGUAGCUGAAGAGCAGGCACUGGCAAGCCAAUCGCAUGGCUCUUCAGCUGGCGGCUGGUCAGUUGAGUUUGGCUUUCAAAGGGCACAUCUUUCACCCCUGUUCCGGUCACAGAGUCAGGCUCUGCAGCCUGCAGAGUGCGAUGAGCAGAACCACUGAACCGGUGACAGCUUUUGAGUUAUAAAAUAUCUCAGCAGAAGAACGAGAGGUGCUCACUGUGAAGCAGGAGGCACCGGGUGUGGUGGGGGUGGGUGCCUGGGAAUUAAUUUGGCAUAAUUAAAAGAAGGUGUAUUUAUAGAGCA